AUGGAAGAAAAACUGGCCGCAAUCUGGAGUGAAGUGUUGGGUAUUGAGCGAAUCAGCCGAAAUGACAAUUUCUUUGCGUUGGGUGGGCAUUCUUUGCUAAUUGUACGAAUGAUAGCACAAUUACGAAAGGCCGGACUAAAAACCAGUGUGAAGAAAAUAUUUGAUGCUCCCACCUUAGUCGCACUAGCUCAGGCUCUCGGCAAACACCAGUCCUUCAGUAUUCCACCCAAUCUGAUCACUGAAGACAGCACGAAGAUUACUCCGGAUAUGUUACCUCUUAUUAGCCUAUCUCAAUCGGAAGUUGAUUUUCUAGUAGCACAGGUACCGGGUGGUAUAGUCAAUAUUCAAGAUAUUUAUGGGUUGGCACCAUUACAAGAAGGCAUCUUGUUUCAUCAUAUGAUGGCUGAGCAUUGCGAUCCGUAUUUGUUAGUUACUCGUCUACAUUUUUGUAACCGUGAGGCGCUUGAACGUUAUGUAGCCGCUUUGCAACAAGUGAUUGAACGACACGAUAUUCUGCGUACCGCCUUCAUCUGGGAAGGACUCAGUGAACCGGCACAAAUUGUUUUGCGUCGAGUUCCUUCGAUACUCACCGAAGUCAUACUAGACGAAACCAAAGAGUCGGCUCUGGAACAAUUAAAGAACCGCUUCAAUCCACGUCAUUACAAACUAGACCUGACCCAUGCACCUUUGCUACGUGUGUUUGCUGCUCAAACUGCUGAAGAGGAUUGGGUGGCAGUGAUCCAGUUGCAUCAUUUAAUUAGUGACCACACAACACUAGAAAGACUGAAUGUAGAAGUACAAGCCAUUAUCGAAGGACAAAGUGAUAAGUUAACAACAUCCACACCAUUCCGCCAUGUAGUGGCUCAAGCUCGUCUAGGAGUUAGCCAGGCCGAACACACUAAGUUCUUCGAAGAAAUACUUGCUGACGUUGAUACACCAACCCUUCCAUUCGGUCUGAGCGACGUUCACGGCGAUGGGACUGAGAUCGAUGAAAUGCAUCUGAAGUUACCACAGGAGCUUAAUAAUCAGUUACGAGAGCAUGCACGUCAUUUACAAGUUAGCUUGGCUAGCCUUUGUCAUUUGGCUUGGGCACAAGUACUUGCUAAAGCCAGUGGACACAAGACAGUUGUCUUCGGCACCGUACUAUUCGGUCGUUUACAUUCCGGAGAGAAUGACAGUACAAUGGGGCUAUUGAUGAAUACACUACCAGUUCGACUAGAUAUCGAUGAGAGAACUGCAAAGAGCGCCGUGCGUCAUACUCACUCACGUUUGAGUGCAUUGCUAGAACAUGAGCAUGCAUCACUUGCGUUGGCACAACGUUGUAGCGGAGUGACAGCAACUUUGCCACUUUUCAAUGCGCUACUGAAUUAUCGUCAUAAUCAACUGAACAUGGGGGUCACUUCGUCGAUCGAUGGGGUCACCUUCCUUGGAGCUGAGGAGCGAACAAAUUAUUCAAUUACUCUAUCGGUGGAUGACGAUAGCGAUUCGCUGAGCUUAACAGCCCAAGUGGUAACACCAAUAUCGGCGGCACGGAUUUGUAGUUAUAUGCAACAGGCCCUCUUCUCACUUUCUGAUGCAUUAACAAACACACAAGAGAAAUCGGUGUGCACAUUGACUGUGAUACCACAAGAAGAACGAGAGAUGCUAUUGUAUAGCUGGAACCGAACGACUGUCAAUUACCCUUCCGUUCGAUGUCUUCAUGAGUUAUUUGAGGCCCAAGUGGAUCGUGAGGGACAUGCAAUUGCUGUGGAAUGUGAAAGGGAAACACUGACUUAUGCAGAACUUAAUAUUCAGGCCAACAGAGUGGCGCAUUACUUGAUUGCAAAAGGAGUGAAACCAGAUGAUCGCAUUGCAAUUUGCGUUGGACGCGGCACGAAAAUGCUUGUGGCAUUUCUGAGCAUUCUAAAAGCCGGCGGCGCUUACGUACCGCUGGACCCGACUUACCCAAGUCAACGGUUAAUAAAUAUUUUACACGAUGUCGAUCCAUUGUUUCUUUUGGCAGAUAGCACUGGUCAAAAAGCACUUGGAGUCCAUCAAAUUCCAGUGAUAGACUUAGAUGAGGCGCUGUCUGAUGGCUUGUCG